ACUCUUCACUUCAGACAGCUGUACAAACACACUCACACACUCCUGUACUGGGACACACCACUAUAUGGAGAUGGAGAACCAGAUCGAGAGAGGAAACACCAGCAAACAAGACUUAAUCAGUGAGACUAAACCAGGUCUUGGCUGCUGUGGAUGGAUCCUUAUUGGUCUCUCAACUUUUUUCACAGUGCUGUUCUUCCCCAUCAUGAUUUUUUUUAGCAUCAAGAUAGUUCAAGAGUAUGAACGAUCUGUAAUAUUCAGACUGGGGCGUAUUACAGCCAGAAGAGCAAAGGGACCAGGCAUCUUCUUUGUCCUUCCCUGCACGGACUCUUUUGUUAAAGUGGACAUGAGAACAGUUUCAUUCGACAUCCCUCCACAAGAGAUCCUGACCAAGGACUCAGUGACAAUAAGUGUUGACGGUGUGGUGUACUUCAGGGUUAGUGAUCCCAUCGCUUCGGUGGCCAACGUGACCAAUGCUGAUUACGCCACACGCCUGCUGGCCCAAACAACCCUGAGGAAUGUCCUGGGCACCAAGAACCUGUCUGAAGUUCUGUCUGAUCGGGAGGGUAUCUCUCACAGCAUGCAGAUGACACUUGAUGAGGCUACAGAUUCUUGGGGCAUUAAGGUGGAACGGGUGGAGAUCAAGGAUGUCAAGCUGCCUCAACAGCUGCAGAGGGCCAUGGCAGCUGAAGCCGAGGCAGCCCGCGAGGCCAGAGCCAAGGUGAUAGCAGCAGAGGGAGAGAUGAAUGCCUCCCGCGCCCUAAAGGAGGCUUCUCUGGUGAUUGCUGAGUCUCCAUCUGCCCUGCAGCUGCGCUACCUGCAGACCCUCAACACCAUCGCUGCAGAGAAAAACUCCACCAUCAUCUUUCCUCUUCCCAUGGACAUCCUGGGCCACAUAAUUAAAAAAUGAAGUCAGACAUCCACAGACCAUCUGUCACAAGCAUGACUGUUUACAAGAGGGCUGUGUAGUAAUCUGAGCUAUAACUGCAAAAUUUCACAACAAACUGUUUGCAUGUCAUGUGUUGAAAAUUCAGUAGCAUAGAGACGUCUUUAUACAGAAGCAUACGCUGCAGCAGUUCAGUACCUUCCAUAAACAGCUUCCAUAUGUAUGUCAUUCUCAUGUGACAUUAAACUAUAGGGUGAGCCAAAAGACAGGACAAUGUUUUAUUUUAUUUUAUUUUUUAUGCUGUCACAAGCCUCCAUGAUGCGGUGCUGAAGGUGGUGUUUGUUGCAGAUUUUCUCAGCAUACACAAUUUGUUUGAGAUGACCCCAGAGAUAAAAGUCGAUAAUAAAAUAAAAAAUAAAAUAAAAACGUGUCCUGUGACUUUUGACUCACCCUGUAGUUAUAUAUAAUUACACAUGUGGCAAUUAUAUUGCAUUACACAGAUACAUGAUUACUGUAGCAUUAUUGUGAUAUUGUAACUUUACCAUUUUACAUUUUUAAAAACUGUAUAAUACACAUCCUUUUCUAUAAUGUUCCAAAAUUCUUUGUUGGAAAUAUCUUGGAAGUGUCAUGUUUUUAUAUUCAUUGCACAAGUAAAAUGGAUAAAAGGGUCCAAGUUCAUAAGUCGUUAUAGGCCCAUAUUUUUUUUUCCUCACUUGUUUAAAAAUAAGAAUUUGAUGUGGUAUUUAAACACUGUUUCAAAAUGUACCACUCACUCCCCAGUCCAUAUGGAACAUAUAUUCAUAUGAAGAAAUAUGGGCAAAUUACUUAUAUUGAUUUGAGUGAAACAUCCUCUGUAAAUGUAAAUAUGGAACUGUUCUGCAUUUUUUUGUACAAAAUUAAUAUUUGCUGACCUAUACUAAAACAUAAAAUGUGCCAUUAAUCUUAUGUAUGCCACAUUUUAUGUUUGUUUUCCUGCUAAUUUUAGUGCACAAUGUGUGUUUUUUGCUGUUUGUGUUUAACAUUUUGGGGAAAAAUUAAAGAUAUAAAAUAUAACAAAAUGUAUAAACAGUUCCAUAAAUAUUGCACAUCCCAAGUUAUGCUUAUUUUUAUGUUAUGUUAAGUUUAGCAAAUAAACAAUAA